AAAAUCAAAACAACCCUCUUUUCUCACAAACACACAAAAAAAUUAGGAGAGAGAAAGCGAUAAGACUUGUAAGAAAAAGAGUAGUGUGAAAGAAAAACUUAACUUAACCCAAACUAUUCCAAAUCCAAAACAAAUACCCAAUUUUAUUUUCUAGUUUUACUCUCUUCAUUCCUUUUACUACCACCACCAUUUCCACCGCCGUGUAAUCCGCUGCUACCUACCCACCGGAAAACAAUGUUAAUUGAUUCUUCACUAUUUUUCCUUCUAAAAACUGCAUUUUUCUGGGUUUUCUGAGAAUUUUUCUGGGUUCGAUUUAAUUUACUCUAAUUUUACUGGAUUUGUCUUUACUCAUCCGAUCUCACUUCUAGCUUUUCUGAGGUGCUCAAAUGAAUGGGAUUCAACUGAAUGGUAAACCUCGUGGUUCUGAGAAACCUGUGCCAGGAUGUUUGGGAAGAAUGGUCAACCUCUUCGACUUAACUUCCAGCAUGUCUGGAAACCGGCUUCUCACUGACAAGCCAUAUAAUGACGGUUCUUUAUCAAGAUGUCGAUCUGAUGUCUCUAGGAUGUCGAGCAUUAACGCAGAUGAGAUGGAAGAUAAAGUGAUGGUCUCUGACUUAAGGAGGUCUUCAUCGAACAGAAAAACUAAUGGAACUCCUGUAAAAAUGUUAAUAGCUCAAGAAAUGUCAAAGGACUUGGAAUUAAAACAGAAGCCACCUAAUGUGGUAGCAAAGUUGAUGGGACUUGAUGUGAUUCCUCAGCAACAGCCUGAUUUUGCUCCCCAGAGGAUUCAAUCAAGAGGUUAUUAUCGAACAAGUCAUUCAGAGAUACCAGUAGGAUAUUGGCAAGAAGAACCAGACUUUCUCAACAAGCAAAUUGAUAGUGAGGCUUAUCCCUAUCGAGAUCAGGAUGAAUAUAAAGACAUAUAUGAGAUCUGGCAGCAAUCUCAAAGAACAAACUGUAGAAGAGAUAAAUCUCCUCAAAAGGGUAGAUUUGCUGAAAAUGUGAAUGAAAAAAAGUUGGCACUCAUUCGUCAAAAAUUUAUGGAAGCAAAACGUCUUUCCACAGAUGAGAAGCUACGACAGACCAAGGAGUUCCAAGAAGCUUUAGAUGUGUUGAGUUCCAACGGUGACUUAUUUCUCAAAGUUCUUCAAGAGCCAAAUUCUUUGUUUUCUCAGCAGUUCAUUAUUGGGGAAUCCAUCUCUCCAUCUCCAGAAACCAAACGUAUUACUGUCCUUCGACCUUCUAAAAUGGUGGGCGAUGACAAAUUUGAUGCACCUGCUAAGAGGAACGAAAAGCAAGUAAAGAAGAAAGUUUCGUUAAACCAGGUCAAUGCAUGGGAUAACCAGCAUAGGGGAUUUCCGCCUACUAUAUCGUCCUGGAAGGUUAGUGAUAGUCCUCCUAUUCAGCCCACCCGAAUAGUGGUGCUGAAACCUAGUCCUGCUAAGGGUAAUGAACCUAAGGCAGUAAUCUCUUCAACCCCAUCCUCUCCGCGGGUUCUACCGAGUGAAAGUUUCUUUGAAGAACCAGAGGAUGAGGAGGCCCGAGAAGCAAGGGAAGUGGCAAAGGAAAUCACGCAACAGAUGCGUGAGAAUCUGGCAGGUCAUCGAAGAGAUGAAACAUUACUUUCUUCCGUAUUUUCUAAUGGCUAUACAGGGGAUGAAAGUUCUUUCGAAAAAUCUGAAAAUGAAUUUGCCGCUGAAAAUAUUAGUGAUUCUGAAGUUAUGUCGCCAACGUCAAGGCAUUCUUGGGAUUAUGUCAAUAGAUUUGGUAGCCCAUUUUCUUCGUCAUCUUUCAGCCGUGCAUCUUAUUCCCCAGAGUCGUCAGUUUGUAGAGAAGCCAAAAAGAGACUUUCUGAGAGAUGGGCCAUGAUGGCAUCACAUGGAAACAACAACAAUAAUAAUCAUGACCAACGGCACAUUCGAAGAAGUUCCAGUACGCUUGGUGAAAUGCUCGCACUUUCUGAGAUCAAGAACUCUGAAAUAUGUGAGGUUGAGGACAACAAUAAAGAUCAAGAUCCUAGGGGAUCAACUUCAUGCUUGAAUAGCAAUAUGGAUGCAAGAGAAUGUGGUUUUGAUUCUCCCAAGAAUCUUUUGAGAUCAAAAUCAGUCCCUGUUUCAUCUACAGCUUAUGGAGAAAGGCUGAAUGUUGAAGUUGCCAAUCCGGCACAUUGCAAGGGGGAUUUUUCGAAGGAAAUAAUGAAGGCAAAGGCAUCAAAAACCUCAUUCACUGGGAAGGUCACAAGCUUGUUUUUCUCAAGGAAUAAAAAGUCUAGGAAAGAGAAGUCCAAUAAAUCACUUUGUAAUGAUGAAUCUCAACUGGCAGCAGCCGAAACUCCUGGAGUCCUGGCACCUCCUGGAAGAACUAGCAAUGAUCACUCUGAGGGUGUUCUCUCUCCAACUUCGCGGUUGCAUAGUGGGGCUGUUAUGACAAAUCUUAGUGAUACAAGACUUGGACAAGGCAUUUCUUCUCAGCAGGGAUUUGCUGUAUCCCAGCCAGGGGCACCUGUAACUCAAGGGGAGAAUCAGGAACAACAACCUAGCCCUAACUCAGUCCUCGAAGGUCCGUUUGAAGAGGAUGACAGUGCCUUACUUGGCUGUUCUCGUAGCAUUGAUUCUCAUUUGCAUGGAGAGCAUAUUCCUCUGAGUCUUGGCAAGUCUAAUUUGAUUGAUAAAUCACCACCAAUCGGAUCAAUUGCAAGGACCUUAUCAUGGGAAGAAUCCUUUGCAGAAACGUCCACCAAUUAUCCUCUAAGUUCUCCAUUUGUAUCCCCAGGAGCAGAGGAUGAUGAGGUCGAAUAUCUUUACUUAGUUCAAUCCCUACUAACGAUGGCAGGUCUCAAUGAUGAGGGACAAGUGGGUUCAAACUUGGCCAGAUGGCAUUCCCCGGACAGCCCAUUAGAUCCCCUCUUGAGAGAUAAGUACAUUGACCUGACCGCCAAGGAGCCACUACACGAAGCGAAAAGGAGGCAGCUAAGAUCAUGCAGAAAGCUCGUAUUUGACUGCGUUAAUGCGGCACUAGUGGACAUUACGGGUUUUGGAACCACUGCUAGCCAUUGGGGUGGAUCAUGUGUUAGGCCUAGCCAUGGGUGCUUGGAAAGUGACACAGGGACAGCAUUGACAGACAAGGUGUGGUCCUGGAUGAAGGAAUUGUUGCCCGGCGAGGUCAAGUUCCUUUCAAUUGAUUGUGGGGACAACCACAGUUUGGUAGAGAGGCUGGUGAGGAAGGAAGUUACAGGGAAAGGGUGGAAUGAUCAAAUAAGAUUACAAGUUGACAGUAUCGGCAAAGAAAUUGAAGGGAAGCUUCUUGAAGAACUUGUAGAGGAGUCUGUUGUUGAAUGGACCAGCUGAGAGCGCGAAGAAGGGUGCUUUUUUCAUCCCUCGUUUUUUCCCCGUAAUCUUUGUUUAUUACAUCCUAAUUAAAUUAUUAUUCCAAGUUAAUUAUUUUGUGUAUCAAUGAUAACUAACUCAACAUUGCUAAUCUGUUUUUACCCCCUCAUUUUCCUGAUCUGUUUAGAUGGAAAUUGUUGCAAAAAUGUGUAUUUAUUCUGGGUUAAUUAUAUAUCUUUUGUACUUGAGAUGGAAAGAUAAAAUAGAGGUAUUAAGAUCUGUUUCUUGUCA